AUGGCGAGAGAUCUGUUGAAUGCUAACGCUUUCUUGGACUUGAAGCUACGCCUAAUCAGCGAUAGACACGAAGAUGGACGUGUUUACAACACACCAACUGUCUCAGAGGUUGCUGCUCUUAUUGUUGGCGAUAUCGAUCCUAACACCCCAAGAGACAUUAUCCUUCACGCUCGUGAUGGACACUUGCAGAAAAUUGAUGAGUUUCAUCCGGCUUAUUUGGCUUACCAAUAUCCUCUAAUAUUUGUUUAUGGCGAGGAUGGAUACAGGAAAGAUAUUCUUCACAGAUAUGAGCAUGAAGAAGAGGUUACCAGAAAAAAUCGUCAAUCCAUCAAAGAUUGGCUAUCAUUCCGAUUACAGGAGCGUCGUUCAGAGGCAAAGACAUUACUUCAUUCAAGAAGGCUAUUUCAGCAGUUUUUAGUGGAUGGGUUUGCAAUGAUGGAGUCAGAACGACUCAAUUGGCUGAGGAGUAAUCAGUCCAAACUAAGAGUUGGGAAAUAUAACCAAUUACAGGAUAAAACUCGCGGUAACCAAUCAAAUACAGCGUCUAAGAGGGGAAAACGUGUCGUUUUGCCAUCAACUUUUGUCGGCAGCAAAAGAUACAUGGAUCAACUUUAUUUCGAUGGUAUGGCCAUUUCAAGCAAAUUAGGUUUCCCAGAUUUAUUCGUUACUUUUACUUGCAAUCCUGCAUGGCCGGAGAUAACACGUGCACUCGCUGGCACUUCAUUGAAGGCUCAUGAUAGACCGGAUUUGGUUACCAAAGUUUUCAAAAUUAAAUUCGACGAGCUAAUGACUGAUAUAACCAAACGCCAAGUCCUCGGCAAGGUAAUCGCAUUUAUGUACACGAUUGAAUUCCAGAAAAGAGGGUUGUCGCACGCUCACAUUUUGGUUUUUUUAAGUCCUCAAAGCAAAUAUCCAACACCGUCUGACAUUGAUAAAAUCAUUUCUGCCGAGAUUCCUGACCCUGCUGUUCAUCCGGUUUUAUACGACUUGGUCUCAGCGCACAUGAUGCACGGACCUUGUGGUCCAUCGCGCAUGAAGUCUCAGUGCAUGAAGAAUAGAAAAUGCUCUAAAUACUUCCCAAAAAAGUACCAAGAGCAAACCGUUGUUGAUUUAGAUGGUUAUCCCCUAUAUAGGAGAAGAUCUAAUUCCCAUGUUAUAAAUAAGAAUGGUGUCGAUUUAGACAACCGUCAUGUUGUUCCUUACAAUACAAGAUUUCUUUUGAAGUACCGCGCACAUAUUAACAUGGAAUGGUGUAACCAAAUUACAUCUAUCAAAUAUCUUUUUAAGUACAUACACAAAGGAUUUGAUCGAAUAACAGCAACGAUUUCAUCUUCAAACUCCACAUCAGGAAGUGACAAAGAGCCUGUUGAUGAGAUUAAACAAUAUCUAGAUUGUAGGUAUGUCUCCCCAAGUGAAGCGUGUUGGAGAAUUUACUCUUACAAUAUUCAUGGUAGGAAACCCGCCGUGGAACGUAUGUUUUAUCACUUAGUAGGUGAAAAAGCUGUUUACUACCCUGAUCACGCUAGAAUGGAAAACAUCUUAGAAAAGGCAAGUGUCACAGAAUCAAUGUUCACUACUUGGUUGGCUGCUAACAUGAAAUACGAAGAUGCACGCGACCUGACCUAUGGACAAUUUGUCUCUAAAUUUGUUUAUGAAAAGAGAACCAGAACAUGGAAACCUCGCAAGAAGGGCUUCACAAUUAGCCGUUUGAUAUGGGUUCCACCCAGCACUGGAGAACUAUUUUAUUUGCGAAUGAUGUUGACUGUAGUGAAGGGACCAUCAUCGUACGAACAAAUUCGCAAAGUUGGUGACACUCAAUUCGAUACUUUUAGGGAUGCCUGCUUUGCAAUGGGCUUCCUCGAAGACGAUAGAGAAUACAUUGGGGCAAUAAAGGAAGCGAGUGAGUGGGGUUCCGGUCAUUUUCUCCGCAAACUUUUUGUAGUCAUGCUUUUGUCCAGCGGUGUUAAUAGGCCUGGUCAUGUCUGGAGCGAAUCAUGGAAGCUAUUAUCUGAUGGUCUGCUGCAUGAACAGAGACUCUUGGCUCAUAAUACAGUCUUAUUCAUUUCUGCACUAACUUUGCUUCUUAAUUCAAUCUGCUCAGAAUUUAUUCUCACUGAAGAGCAGUUAAUGAAUUUGACUUUAACUGAGAUUGAAAAACUCCUUCAAGCUAAUCGACGCAGUCUCAAGGAUUUUAAACCGAUUCCAUAUCCGGACGGGUAUGUUCUACAACAAUUGGGCAACCGAUUGAUAUACGAUGAACGAAGUUAUGAUGUUUCUGCAAUGACUUCGGAAUACACAAGACUUUUCAAUGCUCUGACAGGUUGCUGCAUGUGA